ACAAUUGGCGCGUUUUGAAUGUUCAAGUUUACAUCAAUCAACUCAAUUAAAAAUCCAUUCUGUUCUUCUCAAUUGGAUACAGUGAUUAUCGUUUUCUGUUGAAAUGGGUCCGAACGAAGACCGAUCCGAAAUAGUGUUCUUCGACGUCGAAACCACCGUUCCGACCCGACCCGGUCAGGGUUUUGCGAUUCUUGAGUUCGGAGCCAUUCUUGUGUGCCCGAGAACGUUGACGGAGCUCCGAAACUACUCCACACUGGUUCGACCCGCCGACCUCUCACUCAUUUCGCCCUUGUCGGAGCGCUGCAACGGUAUCACCGCUGACGCCGUCGCCGCCGCACCUACCUUCGCCGACAUCGCCGACGCGGUUUACGACCUCCUCCAUGGUCGGAUUUGGGCGGGUCACAAUAUCUUAAGAUUCGACUGUGCUCGGAUCAGAGAGGCAUUUGCCGCUAUCAAUCAGCAAGCACCAGAGCCAAAGGGUGCUAUUGACUCUCUGGUUGUGUUAACACAAAAAUUUGGAAGAAGGGCUGGUAAUAUGAAGAUGGCUUCUCUUGCUACAUAUUUCGGGCUUGGACAGCAAACACAUAGGAGCUUAGAUGAUGUUCGGAUGAAUCUUGAAGUACUUAAAUACUGCUCAACAGUUCUAUUCUUGGAGUCUAGUCUCCCAGAUAUAUUGACUGCAAACAGUUGGAUUUCACCCAAUGCUAUUACCAGAAGUCGUAGUAACGGGAAAUCUCCCUUAGAUGGAAGCUCAACAAAUAUGAAUAAGGAUUUUGUAAUGUCAUCAUCUGCCACUGAAACCAAAGAAGAAAAUCAUCCAAUACUUUCUCUUACAAGGGGCAAUGCAAACGGAUCUGUCUUAGAUACUGCACAGUCCAAUAUAGAUAAACAAGACUCUUUCGACCUACGUACUCUUGGUGAUGAAAUACAAAAAUCCAUUCAAUCUGAUGUUGCCAUGGAUGAAAAACCCACACAAGAGUCAACUGAGAUGUCUUCCUCAUCUUUUGUGUCUCCAGCAUCCAGCAGCUACGUUGUUCUAGAACCGGAUGAAAUAUGUAUUCCUUCUAUUGAUGCAUCUCUUGUUCCAUCUCUCUUUGGCAGUCAGAAUAUAGAAUUACAGCACAGUGGUUUCCCCUUUCAGCUUCAUUGCACUAGUCUGAAAGUUCGAUUUGGAAUAAGCACAAAGUUUUACGAUAAUGCUGGUCGGCCGCGGUUAAAUUUUGUAGUUGACACAUCACCGAGUUUAUGUAAAGUUCUUGAUGCAUGUGACAGUGUUGUACAAAAGUUAUCCGUGGAUUCUGGAAGCAGCUCUGAUUGGAGGCCAGUUGUUAUUAGAAAAGAAGGCUUCUUCAACUAUCCGACUGCCAGAUUGCAUAUACCUACAGCAGUAUGUGGAGACGUUGCCUUCUAUGCCACUGAGAUAUAUCAGAGAGAAUCAUCUGGCACUGUGCAAAGACUCCUCUUCAGCAAGUUUGACGCCGAAGAACUGGGUUCGUUGUUCACGCCUGGGACAUUUGUGGACGCAUUCUUCUCCCUAGAUCCGUAUGACUAUCAGCAGAAUGCAGGGAUCAAACUAGUUGCCAAAAAGUUGAUUAUCGAUUGCAAGUAAAAGGAAUAUCCGAAGAUGGGAUUUUACAUUUAAUUUUAGGUUAGGUGCUACAUUAUGGCACUGAUUAAAAUUUGUUAUCAACAGAAUUUGCUACAAUCAGAUUUGUUUAUUAAGUAUAGAGUACUGAUGUUAAUUUAGUUCAA